GCAGCUUCCGCUGCGAGUGCCCGGGCCGGGUGGGCGGGCGGGGCGGCGAGGCCUAGCGGGCUGCUCGGCGGACUGCGACGGAGUUGCGCCGAGGCGCGCGCCGCGGGGCUGCGCCUGUGCUCGCACGUGUGCCGCAACGCCGAGGGCGGCUUCGCGUGCGCCUGCCCGCACGGCCUGGCGCUGGCCGCCGACCGCCGCUCCUGCCUGCCCCCGCAGCACCAGCAGCACCUCCGGCCGCGCGCGCGCGCGAACCCGCACCCGCCGCAGCAGCACGUGGUGCACCUGCAGGCGCACGCGCUCGCCCACGCCUUGCACGGGCUGGGCUUCAACCACACGCACAAGGUGGUGAUCAUGGAGGAGCACCCGGACCAUUCAGGUGAAGCCCACAAGGACAUAUCGGUGGCGGUGAUUUCGGCCCAGCCGCCCGAACACGCGCAUCACCACGACGAACCGGACACCAGG